UCCUUCAAACAUUUUCUUAAAGAGAUUGAUCAAUGGUAUUAAACAGACGACCAGCAAGGUUUAAAAAGCCAGAUUUCAUGCAGGUCAAGCCAAUUAGUCAAGAAAAGCUGGAUGUGUUAAGGGCUGCUGCUGCUCGUGUUUAUGUUAACGAGCAAAAUGCUGCAGAGAAAUUCUCGGGAACGAAUAGGGUAGGUGUUCCUGAAUCCGAAAACGUGAGGGAGGAAGAUAAUGACAAUGGAGUGCUACUGCUCGCAGCAGUUGCCUCUGGACUGAAGAGGACCGUUGAUAAAAAAGGGGAACAAGAAAAAUACACAUUUCUUCCUCCAACACAGAGACAACACAGUACUAUGGCAUGCAACAGACGCCUGCCUCCUUCUCCUCUAGGAAGGAACAGUUCUCUUCCCCAACCUCACCAUAGGGAAGAAAACCGUCACAAAAGGGAAGAAAAACCUUCUGAGGUAAAAAUUGAAAACCCAGAAAAAGCACGUGGUACUGAUGGUGGAGUCAAUAAGAGAAAGACAAUACGACGACCAAGGUCUAAAAGGCCAUAUUUAUUGCAGACCAAACCUUGGCAAGAAAAAAUGAAAGUCUUAAAGGCUGCUGCUGCCUGUGUUUAUAUAAACAAGCAAACUCCUGAAAAAAAUUCAUGUGAAGAGAAUGCAGGUACUACUUCUGGAUGUGCAAAUGCGAAGGACUUUGAAACAGAUUGUGACAACAUUGGAGUUCAUCUUCUGGCAGAAGUUGCCACUGGAAUUAGUUUGGGGGUGGAAGAAAAGGAGGAACAUGGUAUGAAAAAAAGCAAACUCAGAGAUCUUUGAUUUUGAGAAUUAUCAAAACAAUCUGCAGAACAAUGUUUGAUACAGUACUCAAUGUUCUCUAAUAGUUUAGACCUCUUAGUCUUAUAGCUAGGAUGAAAGCAAUAAAGAAAGAGGUGAAAAAAAAAAUUAUAUAUAUGAUUUUGCGUAUGUACUGAACCAUCUUUUCAUAUUUAUACAAAUAAAGAAUUCUAUGUAUCUUAUCA